GAUUGUGCCCUGCGAUGGAUUGGCACCCUGUCCAGGGUGUACCCCACAUUGUGCCCGAUGCUCCCUGGGAUAGGCUUCAGGUUUACAUGGUAGAGGCUUUAAGAAAAGCAUGUGAGGGGUCUGCUGUGACCACAAUUGUGUGUAUAAACUGGAUAAAUGUUCAUGCUCAUCAUUCACUCUGUGUGUGUGUGUGUGUGUGUGUGUACCCCUUGUGACUCUGGCACUUGGGUGGGGUGAGAGAUGCCUACUUCAAAGACAGAAAGGAUUAAUGUUGAUGGGGAUUAACUUCAUGGUGGAGUGACCCACAGAGAGAGAAAAAGAGAGGGAGACAGACAGAUGCUCUUUUUAUGAGGGGAUGAAAGUUAGACAAAAAAUAAUAAUAAUAUGAAAUAAAUUACAAAACAUAUCUGGUAGCCUUUCAGUUCUUGUGUUUUACAUUUUAAAAAAAGUAUUGUGUAUUUGUUAUAUUUUGUGUAAGGUGAUCUUUUAAAAGAAAAAAAAAAGACCAACAUGGCAUGACUUGUAUGACAAAAACUCAUCCAUGACUGGCCAAUCUUAAACAGGUUCUUCUGGGUUCUUGGCCAAUCAGGGUAGAGAGCUGCUAUAGCUGACACAGUGAUGGUCGCCAUAGUGACAAUCAGCCUCUCAGUGUAGGAAUUUGUUUUAUGUCAUGUUGCUGUGUUGACUGCUGUCACGGUGAUUAACUAGAGUUCUCAUGGUCACCAUCACACACACACACACGCACACACACACACACACACACACACACACACACACAUUUCCACUCAGAGCUGUAUGGCUGUGUGUCUUAUAAGUGAAAGAGUGUAUUUAAGGUCAGGCAGUAUUUCUUCCUACACAUGUGGAUCAUUUUUCUGUGGUCUUCUGAUUUUCCAACUCCACUGAAUCACUGAAGAGCUUAUGAUGACCUAAUAAAUCUCUGCUGUCUCCUAAUGAAAGAAAGAGCUGUCAUCAUCAUGGUGUAUCUAUUGGGCAAUCUUGUACCAAGCGUGUGUGUGCGUGUGAGCGUGUGUGUGUUCAAUGUAUUCUUUACGCCAUGUAAGUUUGUUUAGAGCAGUGGGAUGCUGUCGCCCAGGGCUACAUCUUAUUACUCUAGGAAUUUGUGUGUGUGUGUGUGUCUGUACAUGCCCACAAAAUCAGGAUGUAUUGUACUACGUCAAACUUUGGUAACGAUACUGUAAGUUAACAAACGUUCAUUAGCUAUAUGAAAUCUUUACUAUAGUACGAGGGAACGUGUUCUUGUCUGUUUGGUUUGUUCAUGUGUCAUUCCUUUGGAGGGAUUUGAAGCCGCCUGGCAACUCUGGCACCGUGCCCAUGAACAGCCACUGAUCAGGCUUCUCAGUUUUACUUGGUUGUGUGUGUGUGUGUGUGUGUGUGUGUGUGUGUGGCUUCUAACACACUGAUGGCUAUAGUGACACCCAUUGUGUGCAUAUACACAGAGCGGUUUACAAGACAGCUGAAAUAUCUUGUAGAGGUUUAGCAUAUUUUAUUGUCCUGUUCACCACACUUCUCCCGCCCUUUCCCUCCUUCCCUCACUCGUUCUCGCACUGCUCUCGAGUUAAGUCCAUUAUUUAUGCCUAUUAAUGUUAUGUAGUGUGUGUGAGUGUGUGUACAUCAUGCACUGCACUCGUAGAAGCGUCUGUGUGCUUUUCAAAGUGGACUGAAGUGUUUGCGCCCGGGAGCAGAGAUUACUUUUGACACACACACACACACACAAACAUACACACACACACUCACAGCUACUCAUCUCUGUCCUCCCACAGUUACAAGCUGCUGUGUGCUUUGUAUUUGAACUCUACAUUUACCUCUGCGUGUAUGUAUGUGGGUUUCUUCUGAAACAGACGUUGUGUUCUAGUGUACAAAAGUAAACGUUUAAAAAAAAAAAGAAAAGAAAAUCGUAUGUACAUUUAUACAAUAUAGAUAUACUUUCCAAGGUACAAAAGCCCUUAAAGUCUAAUUAUGUAUCUGAAAUGAGGUUUAAAAGUAAAGACAACCUGUUCCUUAAAGUAAAAAAAGAAAAAGAUACAGCCUCGAGGCGACUACAUUAGUGACAAGAAUUUAUGACCUUAUAUCCCCAGGUUAGUACAAAAAAAUUCUGAGUGUGUCUGGAAUGUAUUAGCAAUAGUGCUACACUAGGUUUGUGUAUCAGAUUAAAUUGCAUUACAUUAAAAUAAAAUCAUGAUGAGGCAGCACUAUACAUACAGUAUGUCCUCAUAUUCACUAUACAUGCUUGCUACAUAGGGUAUAACAUAACGGCCUUUUAGAACUGUUUGGUAUUCGCAGAAGUGCCUGUUGGAAAUUGCUGACAUAUUGGGGUGUGUCCUAAACAGAAGGCAGCUGCCUUGUUGCCUUGAUGCUUAUGCUGUAUUAUAAAUCUGUGUCUCAGAAUGCAGAGUUUCCAUCGAUAUGAAGAUGCCUGUAAGGAGUUAGUUAGUAAUACUAGCUUCAAAGCCUGUAUUCAUCUCAAUAUUGCAAAGAUGCCAAUACACUAAAGGCGUAUUGUAACCCUUAAAGUAUCCCUGGGGAAAAUCUAACAAAUAUGCAAAUAUAAAAUAUAAAUUUGUUAACAAACCAGCUAUAUUUUUAGGAAAUAAAAUGAUAACAAUGACAUAAUUCUAUACACACUGCCCCAUUGUGCUGGGUUUUCCAAAGUGUAUUAUUCCACUUAUACCACAUAGUGAUUUGCCAACCAUUUAAAUUUUGUAUUUAUUAGUGAAUGAUGCGUCACACUUUUAAUCAGUCCCUCCAGGAUUCCGUGUUUUUGUGAUCGUAGAAAUGAAUGCAAAAUCAAGCAAACUCCACAAUAUUAGGAGGAGCUUGCCAUUUUUCAGAAUUACCACAGGUUUUCUGCAGAUUCGGGCCAAGACACAUCAGGUGACAUCAUCACAACGUGCAUUCAGUCAAAGCCCUCUUCAAUUCACGUGAGUCGGACACGAGUACAGCUAAACGGUCUCAGCUUAUUUACCGACAAACAUCACCGCGAAAGACCGUGCAAAACAUUUUCAUACAAUUCAGGUAGUUUUAAGCAAAGAAAAAAAAGCACAAUAAACUAUGAAAAUUGAAAAUUGAAAAAAAAAAAAAAAGCUGCAGUAAAAUCAUCAUUUUUGGCCGCGAUAAUCAUAAAAUAAAGCUCUGAGAAAUCCUGUACAGACCGUUUAACAUUGUGAAACACCCACAAGACAAGUUAGUUCUUGUAAUGGCUGUUGUUUUAGCAAUGCAACUUGACAUUUUACAGAGAAACCGGAAAGUGUAACCUCUGAAGGCUUUCCCAUUCCUUCCAUACAGUGAGUGUUACAUAAACGUCUCCUAGCACAACAACGUCACCACAUCAGUGAUAUUUUUUGAUAUUUUUUCUUUGUUAAACAACAGCAUUUUUUUUUUCAAAUCUAUUUAUUAUCAGUCUUAGAUUAUGUGGAGCAUCUCCAUACAACUCUUUGUUACUAUAGAAACAAUACCUUUAAAAGGUUGGAAAGUGCAAAUGUAUGUUGGUGUUUUAACAUUGGUCCUGUAGCGCAGAGAGAGAGAGAGAGAUAAAAUAUUGAGGUUUCCUUUUGGCAGACCUUCCAUCCCUCUCUCUCUUUUCCUGGGACUGUCCCAUGAAUGUGUCCCUCUGGCUCUCUAGGAGCAAAAGCCUCUGAUCUCCUGCUGUCUCUCGCCCUUUUUUCUUUUCUCCCUCCCUAUGUGAGCACAGACCUUGCCUCUCUGCUUUCUUCUCUCUCCAUUCUUUCUUUUCUGCUCCGCUGUGUGAUGGGAGGCUCAGCCUGCUGGGAGGAGGCCAGACGAGCUGCUCAGGAACAAUCACCUCUUUUCUCCUCCUCUCGUUCUCCUUCAGUCUCUCACUCCUUCUCUCCCCUGGCCUCUUGCUCUCUAUGCUUUCACGACCCUUGCUUUCACAUGUUGCUGUGCUUAACCCAAAGAGGCUUAUGACACAGUAAUUACCCCUCUCUGUCUCUCUCUCUCUUUCUCUCUCUCUCUCUCUCUCUCUCUCUAUCUCAGUACCUCAGUGAGAUAGUUCAAAGUUUAUCUGAUCUGUUCAAAGUUUACAUUUAAAAGUAGCCAUUUAUGUUUUACUUUUAUGGAAGGAGUCUCCAGUGUCAGUGCUUUGUAACUGUCAAUAAUGAACAUGAAAUUUACAAUAUGUUCCUCAGAAAUGUUUAGAUAUAAUAGUACUGGAUAGACACAAGGUUGAAAAGGCUGGUAUAUUCAUCCAUCCAUCCAUUCAUCCAUUUUCCAUACCGCUUAUCCUACACACGGUCAUGAGAGAUGCUGGAGCCUAUCCCAGGAAACUCUGGAACACCUUGGACGGGGUGCCAACCCAUCGCUGCGCACAAUCACACACACACACAUAUUCACACACCACAGACAAUUUGGAAAUGCCAAUCAACCUACAACGCAGGUCCGUAGACUGGGGGAGGAAACUGGAGUACCUGGAGGAAACCCCCAAAGUACGGGGAGAACAUGCAAACUCUGCGUACACAGGGGGGAGGCAGGAUUCGAACCUCAAACCCUGGAGGUGCUUUUUUUUGUUUGUUUGUUUUUAUGGCUGAUGGAAAUUACACAGGUCAUUGAACUGCCGAGAAGUCAGUGAGAUUUCAGUGGGAAUCUCUGCACAUGCAGAGAGCAAAUGAUGAAUGUUCCAUCAUUAUUGAGAUUGAGAUUGUCAUUAGUUCUGUGUUUUUAACUGGAUAAUAUGUCUAAAUGAGUGUAUUGAGAAAAAUGAUGGACAUAUUAAGUUGCUAUGUUUUGCCCUUUUUGUUUUUCUCCUAUGAGGCUGGAUUUAUGGGACACCCUGUAAAGCUAGAGACAAAUUCCAUUAAACAGAACACAUCAAAAGUUUGGACCUGAAGUUUCCAGAAGACGCCUGUCCUCUUUCCUUGUUCUACAAUUACAUUGUCUGAUCUGGAACAUUUGGAAGCCCUAUCACGGAAAUCACAACCAAAGCAAAGGACCAACCACUUUCCAGUGCAUCCACCAGCUUGAAGCUCAUCUCUAAUCACCUUUGAGCACAUCUGAAGAUGAUGAUGACUUUGAUAGUGUUGGUAAUGACUGUGAUGCUCAACCUGAUCACUGUGAGCUCAUCAUCCAGUGGAUCAUCUGCGUUUUCUACCUCUUCCUCUUCUUCACCAAGGAUGAAGCUUACUUACAAAGAGCUCCAGCAGUUUAAUGGAGUGAAGCGGUUUGAGUUGGACCGCACGUGCUGUUUCGGAUCGCUCCUACUGGACGAAGAAAGGGGGCGGCUCUUUGUAGGAGCGCGAAACUACCUGUUGUCGCUCAGCCUGGACAACAUUGCCAAGCAAGAACAAAAGAUUUACUGGCCAGCACCUGUGGAGUGGAGGGAAGAAUGCAACUGGGCAGGAAAGGAUAUCAAUAUGGACUGCGUUAAUUAUGUGAAGGUUUUACAUCACUUUAACCGAACUCACCUGUACGCCUGUGGGACAGGAGCCUUCCACCCGACCUGUGCUUACGUGGAGGUUGGACAGAAGGUUGAGGAUCAUGUGUUUCGAUUUGAUCAAUCUCUCGUUGAAGAUGGAAAAGGGAAAAGCCCAUAUGACCCACGGCACACUGCAGCCUCUGUUCUGGUUGGUGAUGAGCUGUACUCAGGAGUGGCCACUGACCUGAUGGGAAGGGAUUUCACAAUAUUCCGGAGCCUGGGACAGAAACCCUCCAUACGGACUGAACAGCACGACUCUCGCUGGCUCAAUGAACCCAAGUUCAUAGGCGCUUUCGCUGUUCCGGAGAGCGAAAACCCUGAUGAUGAUAAAGUCUUCUUCUUCUUCCGAGAGACUGCUGUCGAAGCUCAAGGCUUCGGCAAGGUCACCUAUGCUCGGAUUGGCCAGCUGUGCCGGAAUGACAUGGGAGGGCAGCGUAGUUUAGUGAAUAAGUGGACAACGUUCCUGAAGACUCGACUUGUCUGCUCUGUACCAGGCAACGAUGGCGGUGAAACACACUUUGAUGAGCUCAGGGAUGUAUUCCUGCUGCAGACACGAGACAGGAAGAAUCCGCUGGUCUACACAGUCUUCUCUACUUCCAGUAGUGUAUUCCGUGGAUCAGCCGUCUGCCUGUACACUAUGAACGACAUCCGCAGAGCAUUUUUGGGGCCGUUUGCCCAUAAAGAGGGACCCAAUUACCAGUGGGUGCCUUUCCAAGGCAAAGUCCCUUACCCUCGACCAGGCAUGUGUCCCAGUAAGACAUUUGGAAGUUUCGAGUCCACUAAAGGCUUCCCAGAUAACGUGAUCCAGUUCGCACGUCAUCAUCCGUUGAUGUAUAACCCAGUGACGCCCCUCGGUGGCCGUCCGCUCUUCCUGCGCACUGGAAUGCCUUACAGCUUCACACAAAUCGCUGUGGAUCGAGUAAAUGCUGCGGAUGGCCAUUACGACGUCAUGUUCAUUGGAACAGAUGUCGGCACAGUUCUGAAGGUGAUCUCUGUGCCAAAAGGAAGCUGGAGUAACACAGAGCUGCUGCUGGAGGAGCUGCAAGUCUUCAAGGACUCUUCAUCCAUCAUCAAUAUGCAGAUCUCCUCCAAACGACAACAGCUGUAUGUAGGCUCUGAUACAGGUGUGGCGCAGGUGCCACUGCAUCGCUGCAGCAUGUACGGUAAAGCAUGUGCUGAGUGCUGCCUGGCCCGUGACCCCUACUGUGCCUGGGAUGGACAUACAUGUACACGCUACCUGCCUAACACCAAACGGCGUUUCCGUCGCCAAGACGUGAGGAAUGGUGAUCCUAACACGCUCUGUUCAGGAGAUCACCAGAAGCAGCGUGUCCUGGAGAAAAAGCUGUAUGCAGUGGAGAGCAGUAGCUCUUUCCUGGAGUGCAUCCCUAAAUCACUACAGGCUCAGGUCACAUGGACCUCUCAGAGACACCCCAACAAUGCCCGAGAAGAGGUCCGUCUUGAUGAUCGCGUGCUUCAGACAAAUCGUGGCUUGUUGCUGCGGCGAGUAUUGCGCAGAGAUGGCGGUGUAUACAAGUGUCACGCGAUGGAGCAUGGAUUCACCCAAACGCUGCUCAGCAUCACGCUGGAGGUCGUCCCCAUUUCAGGCCCCGCCCAUAGCCGAGGACACAGCCCCACCCAGAGCCAAGGACACAGCCCCGCCCAGAGCCAAGGACACAACCCCGCCCAGAGCCAAUCACAGUCCACCAAUCAGAAGCUGUGGUACAGAGACUUCAUGCAGUUGGUCGAUCACCCCAACCUGAGCACCGUUGACCAGAUCUGCGAGCAGGUCUGGUCACGCAAGCACAGCCAAUCAGACAAAGCCAUGGCAGAUGCACCCAACGAGUCUCCACCUACCGAUCCUCUGCACUCCACCCACAAAAAGUGGAAGCAUCUGAAGGAGGUGAGGAAGGGGAGGAACCGCAGAACACAUGACGGAAAACCUGCACCUCGAGCGCCUCGGAGUGCGGGAGAGUAACGAGGGAUUUAGGAGAGAGAGACAGAGAAAGAAAGAGAGAUCACUGGAGUUGGACAAAACCACACACCAUCGCAUUUAGUGACUAUUUAUCAAAUAACACAAACAUACAAUACAUUCGAAAUUCACAACAUUCUUCCCAUACUGUACAAUUUACCACACACCAUUGCCUUACAUCCCUACACACUCUGUACACUCCCUUCAUUCCCACACCGCUAUCCCUACACACUCUAUACACUCCCUUCAUUCCCACACCGCUAUCCCUACACACUCUAUACACUCCCUUCAUUCCCACACCGCUAUCCCUACACACUCUAUACACUCCCUUCAUUCCCACACCGCUAUCCCUACACACUCUGUACACUCCCUUCAUUCCCACACCGCUGUCCCUACACACUCUAUACACUCCCUUCAUUCCCACACCGCUAUCCCUACACACUCUAUACACUCCCUUCAUUCCCACACCGCUAUCCCUACACAUUCUAUACACUCCCUUCAUUCCCACACCGCUAUCCCUAUACACUCCCUUCAUUCCCACACCACUAUCCCUACACACUCUAUACACUCCCUUCAUUCCCACACUGCUAUCCCUACACACUCUAUACACUCCCUUCAUUCCCACACUGCUAUCCCUACACACUCUAUACACUCCCUUCAUUCCCACACUGCUAUCCCUACACACUCUAUACACUCCCUUCAUUCCCACACUGCUAUCCCUACACACUCUAUACACUCCAUUCAUUCCCACACCGCUAUCCCUACACACUCUACACACUCCCUACAUGCCCUCACCACUAUUCCUAUGCACUCUGCUGUUCCUGUACACUCCACUCAUAACCUCACUGCAAUCCCUGUACACUCAGCCAUGAUGUCAACUAAAUAUAUACACUCUAUAAACACUCCAAUUUACUCAAGCACAGAGUACACACACACACACACACACACACACACACACACACACACACACACACAUAUAUAUAUAUAUAAAAUGAUGCAAUAAUUAUUCACUUGGUCUUCUUUCUGAACACAAAGGCCUAUCUGAAAAAGUGCAGACAAGGAUGAUGUCAUUCUGAACAAUACUGUCUCAUUGUGGCUACGAUUCCAAAUGGAGGAAUAAUCAAAACCACGGAUAACGUAUUACACACACUAGAUACCUACACAAAUCAUACAGCGGUGCAAUUGCAUGCAUUGUCUUGGAACAGCACACACACUUAAACAAAUGCUCUGCUUCUUGAAAACAAAACUUGUAUAUUUGCCAGGUUUGUGUGUUUGUGCUUUGUGCUGUUUGUGUUCCAUAGAUUAGAAUGAGCUCAAUAUCCUCUAAUAUUCUCUGUACAACCAAAACCACUAUUUAGCUGAACACCACUAGUUGCCUGUUACCAUAGAAACCCUUAAAGCUGCUCUCUGGUGUUUACCAUCGGCAGGAAAUGGGGAGAAAGCAACUCAAAACUGUGAACUUACCCACAAAAUGUCGUCAACAGCAAAUUUUGGUAAAAGAGAUCCUUAGAGAUCCGUUGUGUAGCCUGGCUGCUCACUAGCGCCACCUGUUGUACGGAAACACUUCGAGAUGCUUUUAUGGAGGUUUUCGCUUCCACUUUAUCCACAGCACAUUUUGUGUGAGAUCAAAUGGUGGUAGGGAGGAGGGUCAUCUGUGUGCAGUGUACUUGUACGCUGUGUGUUUGUUUGCUUUGCGAUGACAUUAUCACACACAUUAUCAGGAGCAACAUCAUAGCAGGGGUGCAUUAUGGGAAAAUCAAACGAAAGGAGGUGUGGGUAAAGAAAAUAAGUUAUGAUGGGGGUAAAAAAGGAUGUUUUGGUUUCAAACCCUCAACUAAUCUGUUGACUAUUCACAAGACAUGAUGAUUGUGUCUGUGUGUGUGUGUGUGUGUGUGUGUGUGCGUAUUUCCCACAGUCACAUUAACUAUAUAUUGCUCAUAUAGCAUGUUAUUUAAAGUAGAGUUUGUUCAUUUUAAAGUAAAAACACUAAGCUGCUUAUUAUAAUGACAUCAGCAUUACCCAUCAGCCCUUUCUGCUGAUGUAGGGUUGUUUUAAGUUAGAUGAUAAAUAACAGAUGAUAAUUCCUUCCUCCUCUAGAGCUAAGUCAGCCAAUUACAGUAUUCCUAUGCUGUUAAUAAAGAUGCAGGCUGUGCUCCAAUUCUCAUAUUACUGUACACAAGCAGCAUCACAGAAAGCGGAAUAGUGGGGUUGACUACCCACUUUGGAGUGGAGGGGCCUGGAUUUGUAUUUUCAUUCAAUAGAUCUCAGACAUCCCUGAAUACUCGAUACCUAUUCUUUGUCAAAAAUGUAAGGCAGAAAUAGUUGGGAAAUAGUUUCUCUUCGACCGCUUCUGUGGUUCCAAACAUGGCAUCUUGUUCACUAUUAUUAUUUCCCUGAGUGGUUUGUGCUGCUGGCUUGUAUGAGUUUGAAUGAAAAUAAUGAGUCAGCGCACUAGAAAGGUGAACUGGUGGCUUUGGUUUUCACCACUAGAUGGCAGCUUGGUGUCGUGAAAGAACCUUGAAGCAAUCAUACUUAAUGUUGAGUUAAACUAUCACUAUUCCAUUACAACCAGAGAAAGAGAUUUAAUGAAAAGUGUAGUUUCUCACAUAUAUAGCUACAAUGAGGUGCUCUCUUCGUAUUCGUCCCUUCCCAAAAGUAUCUGGCGCAUGUUUUUCUGGUCAGUAACACAUCGGCUUGGUUUUAUUUUUUAAAAUGCAGAAUGAUGAAAUAUUAAUCAAACAUACUCAUAUGUUCUAGUUUUUCUACAGUGUUGGGUUUUCGGGGGUAAAGUUCUAACACUCUGGUAAUGAGGAUUGUAUAUAAAAAUAAAUAAAUAAAUAAAUAAAUAAAUAAAUAAAUAAAUAAAAGUCAAUAAUGUCACACAAAUAGGGCCAUUUGAGAAAUUUCAGGCAACAAUCCUAGGCAACAUUCUCAGAAAAUAAAAGUACCAAAAUGUACUUUUCCUCGUCACCAGGCUGGUUCCAUCAAUAAUGGACAUAUUGUAAAUGUCUUAUGUGUCUUUUCUUUAUUAAGAUGCACAAGUGGUGAUUGGUUUACCUUUAGCUUUCAUAGUAAAAUUUUAAAAGUAGUGGUCCUUAAGGUCCAAUUAUGUACCUAAAGGUACAAAAGAUGUACCUUGAUAGUACCACACCAUCAGCAAAGAAAAUUACAGUGUAUUUCUAAGAGUAAAUUUCAGAUUCUUUUGGACCCCUUCGCAUUUCUUGGAAAUGCUAAUCAUUAGGCCAGACAUCUCAACCUAUUUUCCCUCUGCAAUCAGUUCCACUAGCUAUUAUCAGUUCCGUAAGAUAUAAGAUAAGAGUGUAUAUGGGUGAAUAGUUUUGUCUAUUUAUAAUGUUUCAUGAUGUAAAGAACGGUUAUGCCUGUUUCUGUUCAUUUGCAUGACUUAAAAAAAAAAAAAAAAAGAUGUGUAGCUGAGUGUUUUGCCAAUACAGUAGACAGGAAGUACAUUGGCACAUGUAAUGUUCUUAUGACAUAUUUAAGACGUAAUAAGCUAAUAUGUAGUGGUGAAUUGUGCUGAGAUUGACAUUUGUAAUAUAUCCAUUCUUCUGAAAACUGGAGAGAAAAAAGUGUGUAUAUUUUGAGGUAUAUGUUCUUUUCCUUUUUAAACCAUAUUUAAGGACUUGGUCUGAAACUCUCCCUGUGUGAAAUGACAUGUUUUCUGUUUUAACAAUGUUUUUUUUUUUUUUUUUCUAAAAAAAAAAAAAUAAUAAUAAUAACCAAAUGACCCAGACCAGCUCACUGAUUUCCUUGCCUUGUGACUCUUCUCAUAUUCUGAGAGACAGGGUGUGUGUGUGUGUGUGUGUGUGUGUGUGUGUAUGAGUGUGUGUACUGUAUGUGCGCUUGUACAUGCAUGUGUUUGACACAUUAACAUGAGUAUGUGUGUUUUUUGUGUGUCUACUGUUAGAUGUUGUAACUGUAAACCAUUGCUUAAAAGUGGGACUUCAUUAUCUGGAGAGGUCAAAGGUUGAAGGCCAAAGUUGAUGUGGAACACUGUAGUGACUUUUCCUAUUUCUAUGUGGUUUGUUGCAUCAGACUGUAUUUGAUUAACACAAAGAAAUAAACAGUUACUUCAAAUUCAGUAUCAGUUCAUGAUUGUGUUUUCGGUACUGUACAAGGGGAGC